AUGUGUCGGCUGUGGGAUACUAUAGGCAAGGUUGCUGCUAUUAGCCAAGAGGUUAGCAAAGGUGCCAGCAAUGCUAUCCGGAGCGACGCCGCACGCACCGAGGCCGUACACAGCAACGCCAAGCCAUUACAGGCUGCUGCUAAGACCGCUCCUAAGACUGCCAUUAAGGCUAGCAUCCCGGCCGGAAACCUAAGUCCCGGGCCCCGAGUGUUGCACAACGCCGCGCUGCUGGACCCCCAGUCCGACACCAUCAUUGCACAUUUACGCAGCCGUACCAGUCAGUUCGAUUUCUAG